GUUGAGACUCACUCACAUGGAGCGCGAUUCGGUGCCUCGAACCUCUAGCGACCGGUCGCUAUGCUUGGAUUGUUUUUAGCCGUCUGCCAGUGGAUAAUUCUCGGAGAAGUCACGCCGAGUUUAGCUGCUAUCCGCAUGCUGAUGAUGGACGUCCCGAGCCCAACUAAUCAAGGAGAAUCUGUAGAAUUGAUCUGUAGCUAUGAGCUAGACAAAGACAACCUUUAUUCUGUGAAAUGGUAUAAGGAUGAUAUUGAAUUCUAUAGAUACGUCCCCAACGAUUGGCCUCCUGGGCAGUUUCUGCCUUUAGAGGGUGUGCGAGUAGACCUAUCCAAAUCAGGAAGCCAAAGUGUCUAUUUGCGACAUGUCGAUCUGAACAGUGCUGGUGUCUAUAGAUGUGAGGUAUCAGCAGAAGCACCCGAAUUUCAAACUGUAGAAGCUGAGAAAGAAAUGAAAGUAUUAGUUUUGCCAACAGAAGGUCCAAGGAUAACGGGUGGUCUUAUGAAGUAUCGAGUAGGCGAUGUAGUCUUCGUGAAUUGCACAUCUUCGAAGUCAAAACCAGCGGCUACUUUACACUGGUAUAUAAAUGACGAACUAAUAAAAGGUAACAAAGAGACAAAUUAUGAAAUGGAGCAUUCUACAGUAAUAAACUCGGAUGGUCUAGAAUCAUCAAGUCUCAGUUUGAGGUUUGUUGUGAACGAAAUGCAUUUCAGAGGAGGAAACAUGAAACUGAAGUGUACUGCCACUAUUUCCAGAGUUUACACUAUGAGUAACGAGGAGCUGGUUUUUAGACAACAAAGUUCAGGAUUGCAUAUAAUGGAGAAUCUGAGUCAUGUUCGGAAUUCAUCAUCACGGCCAUCAUAUUUUAGUGCUCUCCAUCAUCUUUUACUGUUUUUGAUGCUCAAGUACAUCACUGAAAACGUGCCAAGGUAUCUUCGGACUCACAGGAAUGUAAUCCUUGCUGCAUGACGACACAGUGAUAUUAUGUACUUGCAUACUAACUUUUUGUAUUCUGUGAUACGACAAUCUGUGCAUCUUUUGUGUGUUUGAAGAAAAUCUACGAAGUUUGUUGUUAAAAGUCUCAUAGCUUUGUUCCUGAGUGUUUCCUAAAAUUAAAUAUAUAAUUAUCAAUAAAAAAUGAAACAAAAUUAAUGAUAUUUAAAAAGCUGAAAACCAUUUAAAGUACUAAAGUCUGUGUAUUAAUAUUUGAUGUAUAUCAAAGACUAUGUUUGCAAAUAAAGAAGUAUUCAUAUUUCUUUUUAAAGCAAAAUAGAACUUGUAAAUUCCAAGUUUUAAACUUCAGUGAAAACGAAAUGUAUGGGCUACUUAGUAGAUGCUAUUUUAUUGUUUAAUAUUUAAAUGAUGUUAUUUUCUUAAUUCUGUAUUUCUUGUGUUUCACUAUAAUGGAUAUGUAGGUGACAUGGCUAUCUUCACACUGAUAUUUUGACUCUCAGACCAGCCCUAGUCCGAAAAGUAAUCAUUCAAAGAAUUAAUAGGACACAAGUUCUAUCGCUAAGUGUAAGAAAACGAAUAAUAGCAGGUUACUGAUGAUGCCAUCUGAGGACUGCAGCUAAAAAAUUUCUCUCGAUUUAAAAAAUAUUCUUUCAAUCGAAUUUAGUUCCUGUUAUUAGUUAAAAGUAUGACAACAACUUAUGUUCUUUCUCAAAUGCAGUACCCUACUGCAAAACUAUGCGAACAUUUUUUGUUGUAUUUCCGAUUUUUCAAAAAUUUCAGUAUAGUUUCCGAACUCAUGCUGGCCGAUAAGUAGGUGGUAAAAUCACUUUUUUUUUUCAUGAUCUUACUUCUAAUAUUAUAGGUUGUCCUCUAAGUUUAGCAUCAUGUUGAUCAUAAGAUGGCUCAUUGUACUAGAGUACGCUGAUGGACUGCUGAUAAUACUUUGGAUAAGUCACCGAGGAAAUGGCUUCCAUGAAGCCAAAAGUUAUGAUCACUUGACUUUUAAGUGGCGAAUCAGUUAAUUAAAGAUUUGUGUCUGAAGGCAGUACCGCUAUGUAGUACCUAAAAGAAAAGUUCCAUAACUUUUGUCCGCUUUUCGUGGGAUACAUCCUUUGGUUAUCAGUCCCGUGGUUUCAGAGUGGAAACAUCGACUGCUUCCUGUAAGCAAGAGAUGUGCUUAUAAAACCAUUCUAUAAAGCUUGGUACGAUGCAUGAACGUUUGGGACGUUCUUUCAUGUUGGAAAGCAUACAUGAAGUUGACAAUAACAAUUGAGUUAUCAUUGACAUUUUAUAUUUCCAAGUUAUAAGACCACGACUCAUAACGUUAUAGUAAUCAAGAAUGUAAUUAUUUUGUUUACUUGCCUGGAAGGGAAACAUACAUUUAGAAUUUUGCUCUUUAUUUAUUUAUUUUGUAGUUUUAUGCAAAAGAAUCACAAAAAUGGGGGAAUAAGGAAAACAUUUCGUUUUUCAACAAUCUUGGAAUUGAAUAAAAUUGCUGACAAGUUGUAGAAAGAUACAAUGCAUUCAAAUAAACGAUGAUGAAUUCUUUCCCUUCUGAAUUCCAUCAAUAUGUUUUUUCAAAUGCCCCUGGUGUUCACUAUGUUAUACAAAUCGAACUCGAAUCAAUGGUUUCAGCGCAAUGGUGCAGGGAGUAUACACUGAAAUUUAAAGUGUUUAUUGUUUAUUCAUAUUCCACUCCGCCCUGUACAACGAUCUUAAAAAAUAACGAUUAAGGAAAUCAAUUACUCUGUUAUAAAUAAAAAUAUAUGACUGAUUAUUUUUUGUCAAACAUCGUUGGAAAUUUUUGUCAAGAUUAAUUUUUAGUAGUUUAUAGCAUUUUAUUCUGAUGUUUAAUUUCGAAAAAGAAAUAAUGCUUCUAAUGAUAAAAAAAAAUCAAAAUAAAUACACAUUUUUAGGCAAAAAAACUUUGUGUUUAGAAAAUAAUUUAACAUUCAUGUGACGAAUAAAUUGUGCAAAUAAUUUUGUCAUUCUUUUUUUAAUUGAUGUAGUAACAAAAAAUGUUGUUUUGAAGCCAUCAUUAAGAACAUUAUAAUUCAAAUCUGUCAUCUUAAGCAUAAUUAUUUAAACAAAAUUAAAUAAUCUCUUAAGAAUUAAUUUAGCAAAAUGCAGAACUAUGAAAAAUGCUAAAUGAAUGCUUUCAUUUUAAAAAUUCCUUUGUACUUCACCUUUCAUGUAAACGGUUAAAUGUUUGCUGAUUUUGAAAACAGCUCAUGAUGUAUUGUGUGAAUAUAUGUAUUGGAAAAAAGUUGUAAAUAAAAUUGUUGUGUUUUUA